UGCUGGGAGGGUGAGGAGUUGAAAGCGCCGUCCAACACGUGAGGCUCAUGUGACGGUGUCGAGUCUGAGUCUCUAGCCGAGAGACGUGCCUGCAGUCACAGGGUUUAUUUAACACGUAGUCAGAAACCCACCCAGCUCUCUCACACAUUCAGCCGGACGUGGAACCUACCCAGACAUACUACUGAGUCCGGACCUCAGGGUGACAACACCGCGCCGUGCCCAACUCCAGCUCACAGCGGGAACACACGCACACACACACUGGAUAACGGCAGAUACUUUUUGCUUUAUUUUCCCUUUUUGUACGAUUUCUUUCUCGUUUUGAAGCGCGACUGAAGAGACGCAUUUGGGAGAUUUUUGAAGGCUCUUUGAAGUCAUUUAUUCGGGUUCUACAGUUCAGCGACAUGGAGAGGAUUACCAGUGCGCAACCACCUCCCUGUGUGCCAAAACACCCAUCACUGGAUAUAGCUGAUAUGCAGGGAAUGGAAUUUCCCAUUUAUGUGUACAAACCCAGAAGGGGCAUGAAGCGGGAUGAGAACAAGGAGACAUACAAGUUGCCACACCGACUGAUCGAAAAGAAAAGACGUGACAGAAUCAACGAAUGCAUUGCCCAGCUGAAGGAUUUGUUGCCAGAACAUCUUAAGCUUACAACGCUGGGUCAUUUGGAGAAAGCUGUGGUGCUGGAACUCACUCUCAAGCAUGUGAAAGCCCUGAGUACCCUCCUGGAGCAGCAGCAGCAGAAAAUUGUCGCGCUACAGAAGGACCUGCAAAUUAGCGAUCAUGGAGGCGACAGUGCAGAGACCAGCGAGGAGAUGUUCCGCUCCGGCUUUCACUUGUGUGCAAAAGAGGUCCUCCACUAUGUGGCCAGCCAAGAAAGUAGCAGAGACCUGACUCCUUCCCAUGUCAUCAGCCACAUCCAAAAAGUAGCAGCCGAAGUCCUGCAGCAUCGAAGCAGUCUACACCCAGAAGAGGUCAUCCCUCAAGCUUCAGAGAAACUGAAGAAACCUGCCGGACAGCCCCAAAGGGUCCUUGAUGUCCCAGCAAAGAACUGUGUUCCUGUCAUACAAAGGACUUACCCACACGGGAUGGGAGAGCAGAGCGGCAGUGACACAGACACUGAUAGUGGCUAUGGAGGAGAACAUGACAAGCGUGACCCUAAAGCCCAGUGGUCAGAAAGCCAUGCAAAGGAUGGGGAGCUCAAGCAUGUCGCGUCUGAGAGGAUGGCCAGUGCUAUCAAGCAGGAGGGUGACGAGCCACAGGCCAAGAAGUCGAGGUCUGACUCCCCAGAGGACGAGAUUCUCUCUGGUCACGCGGCAGGCGGCCCUGGCAGCUACAUGAGCUUUUCCCCCAACCAGCCCCCGUUUUGUCUCCCCUUCUACCUCAUCCCCCCCACAGCUGCACCAGUGGCAGCCUAUCUGCCCAUGCUGGAGAAAUGCUGGUAUCCCGGGGGCAUGCCAGUUAUGUACCCGGGCAUGACCGGCUCUGCAGCGAGCUUGCCCCCAGAGACACUUCCCUCAUCUCUGGUGAUGUCCCCGAGGGCAGGAUCUCCAGUACCCCACCAGAACCACAUGGACUCCCCUUCUCUUCACAAAGCUUUAAAGCAGGUUUCUCCAUUGAACCUGGAAACCAAAGACUGAAGACGUGUUUCUUUCAGAAUCUUACCCUCUGAAUGUUGAUGGGGUUGAAUGGUUGGCCCGUGGAAAAGAGGGUAAACAAACACAGACGCACUGGUAUCCCUUCAAACCACAGCCGUUGUUUGGCCCAUCAGAACUUUAACCCCAGCAAAGAACCCCAAAAUUGCCACCACCGUCUAUCAUCAGCUUCUUGCAUACUGAAACAGGACUUUUAUGAGACUAUUCGAAGGCUCGUAGCUCACCUGUGGCGUGGCUCUGAAACACUGUGAAGAUGGUCAGUUUAAAGACGCUGAGUGCGCAUAGAAGAUCGCAAGAGUUUUUUUUCUUCGUAGCAAGGUUCAUCUUCUCUGCUCUCAGUGUUGAAUGUCAGAGGUAAACCCAGAAUGUAAGGCACAGAUAAGCCCCCCCACCAAAAUUAUUUGGACCUACCUUUUUUUUUGCACACACACACACCAGUCUGUAAUGAAUGUAAAGAUUGAACAAAAGCCCCUUGUAGAUGCUGCUUGAGUUAUUAUUACCUGCUGUAGAUCUGUGAAUGGAGGAUCUACCUUCAGUGUUUGUCGCUCCUGUAACUGCAACAACAAACUGUUGUUUAGACUAGAAUGUUACCAAAAAAAAAAAAAAAAAAGAUGUUGACCACGUGUCACAAAGGACAUUGCUCCUUUGACCCUUCAAUUACCUUGGAGCUAAUUGAACACAAGUGUUCACAAUGUUCAAAGAAUUCAGGGCGUUGUCACUGUAUGAGGUGUGUCACUCGUAUCUGUCGAAGAGUGAUGUGGCCAUACGUGCUUUUACAAUUUAAUUUGUGACUCACGACUUAUUUGUGUAUCUAGAUGGAGUUCCUGUGAAGUCAUGUCUUAUAACUAUGUUUUGUUAAUACUACUCGUACAUCUCUAUUUUUGAUACGUGACCCACUGAGUGUAUUUGCAUCGCAGGGCGGUUGAGGUAGUCAUUUGCUGUAUGCCAAGAGAACGUGUACAGUCUAUAGCAUUGUGCUCAAACAGAUUUGCAUCUUGCCCACCAAUUCCCGGUCAAAUAAAGGCCUGACCUUAGCUAAUGCUGUUGCCUUUACUCGUUUAACGCAGACACAACAACGGCAGGUGUUGAAAUGUAUUUGCUUUAAAUGUUGUGUCUGUGGCAAAGUGAGUGAAUGUAAAGUUCAAACAAAAAUAAUAGUUUUGUAUAGAAAGAGGUACUUGGGAUUUUUAUUUUGAAAAGUAACAAAAUGUCAUUUGUUGUACAUAUUUUGUAUAUAAAGUAUUAUUGAUAUAUAU